UACAUCAAUUUAUUUAUGCCUCGUGCUAUUUCUCCAAAAUAAAAUAAAAAAUGAAAGCCUCGUGCUCUAUAUUUUCACAUACAAAAAGUGCAACUGUGAGCAACAAAAACAACAAACAAAUUGUUUGCGAUGUAGUAAAAACAGAGAUCUGUAGGAUUGUUCGCUCGACAACUACCACAUUUAAAGCCGGUACCAGUAGCAGAUCAUCAUCAUUAUCAUUCAUCAACUACUCACACUGCAUUUUCUCUCUGUCGAUCCCCUUACCAUAUUAUCCCUCACGCUUUCUAGUUCGAUUCAUCUCUCUGUUGAAGACAGACCCCAAGAAGAGGAGGAAAAAACCCAACAGGCAAUGGCUUCCCCACCAUUCCUCCCAUUGCUCCUUCUCCUCUUGUCUCUGCUACUCCUCUCUCCACCUCAAUCUUAUUCUUACGAGUCGGACAAGGUGAACCUGACCCUGUAUUACGAAACAGGUUGCCCCUACUGCCGCGACUUCAUCAUUCAUCCUCUAGCCCAAGCCAUGGGUUCCGAUCUCGUCAACAUCGUCAAUCUCAGGCUCGUCCCUUGGGGCAAUGCCUACAGCAUUGGCUCCACAAUCGUUUGUCAACACGGUGAAGAUGAAUGCUUGCUCAACAGAAUACACGCCUGCAUAAUUGCCGUCGCGAGGCAACCUUACAUGUUCGACAUCAUCAAGUGCACCGAAGAACAAGAAGAGCAACAAGCAGCUAAUAAUAUGAGUAGUAACCCAUCAGCUGUAUGGACUUAUUGUGUCGACAAGCUGCAGUUUCCAAAAUCACCCAUCGAGCAUUGCUCCAAUAGCGGGAUGGGGGAAAAGCUGCUGCUGAAGUAUGGCUACGACACUACCCAUCUGAAGCCGCCACUUCGAGGUGUACCCUGGGUAACUGUCAACGGGAUCCCUCUGGCUCAGGAGUACAAGAAGUUUGUGUCAUAUGUCUGCAACGCGUACAAAGGCAAGUCGCUGCCCAGUGCUUGCAGGAAGAGUAGUCACGACACCGAGAAGAGUAGUAAUGAGGAACAUAUGUGCUACAGAGCAUAAUGCUCAAAGUAAAAUUUUGCUUAGCCUUGUGAGGCUUCCUAUCAGUCCAGAAAAGUAACAACCUUGUGAACUAGGAGAUAUCAAUAGUUGGUUGAGAUUACUAAACUAGAUGGAUUUAGAAGUUAUGCAACAACCAGUCAGGAUUGUUACCUGUGAGUUUCUAUCAAUCUAUUGUUUUCUGGUAUGAAUCUGGUAGAAAAACCAUGUAUUUGCAGAAUACAUGAUAUUACACACA